AAAUUUACCCCCAAUUUUCCAACUCCCAAGAAUUGCUCCUCCAUUUAAACCCUACGCUGCUCUGACUCCUACUUUUCAUCAUCUGCAAAUUCUCCCCACUCCCGAAUCGCAAAAUUACUUGGAUUCAUUCGAAAAUGGCUAAGGUGGCGGAGAAUCCCAACCACAACGGCGUUUCUGACGCUAAGCCCACUGCAAUUGCGCCGUUUCUGCGGGUGAAAAGGCUCUCGGAGAAAGCCGUUUUGCCGUCUAGGGCUUCCCCUCUUUCAGCCGGCUACGAUCUCUCAAGCGCCGUGGAUACGAAAGUUCCGGCGAGAGGAAAAGCCCUGGUGCCAACGGAUCUCAGCGUCGCCGUUCCCGAAGGAACGUAUGCUCGAAUUGCGCCGCGGUCUGGUCUGGCGUGGAAGCAUUCGAUUGAUGUUGGGGCGGGGGUGGUGGAUGCCGACUACCGGGGCCCGGUCGGAGUUAUCCUGUUCAACCAUUCCGAUGUUGAUUUUGAAGUGAAGGUCGGAGAUAGAAUUGCGCAGUUGAUGAUCGAGAAGAUUGUGACGCCGGAGGUGGCUGAGGUUGAUGAUCUCGAUUCCACGGCUCGCGGCUCCGGCGGAUUUGGAUCUACCGGAGUCUGAGCGUUUCACGUCGUUGCCGAGCUAAUUUUAUAGGUUUAUGGUGAACGAUGGGACAUUGAAAAUAUGGUUUUUGAACUUUGGUUCAAUCAUUUUGUCGAACAUGUGGCUUGGAAAUUAUGAUGAAGCAAUGUUUGUGUAUUGGUAAA